CUCCUUACCACCACCCGGUACCGACAUGGCGAUCUUUCUGAAACUUGCGUAACCAAAGUGAAAAUUCAGGAGUACGGAAGAGAGUACAGAUUUAAUAAAACAGAAACUCAAGACUCGAGAGGAAGUAAAAGUCAGGAGCAUCAAAGCUGCAGAAAGAAGAAAUACAUCAUUCAUUAGUGGCCUCUUGCCCGAGACCUAACCAGCAGGCUUGUAGAAGAUGGUGUGUGUGGGCUUGUUGAAUAAGGGAGGCUUAAUAGGGGGCACAAGACUCCUGAGACAGAAGCAAGUAUCCCUCACUGCCUCCCUGUUCCAAGGUUCACAACUGUGUCAGAAAUGCAGCAGUAAGAUUAAGACUGUGCAUCAGAAGGUGGAGGUGGCACCCAACCUGCGGAUGCAUGCAUGGCAGACCUAUGGCUACGACAGUGUGGAGGGCCUGGUGUUGGAGCAGGUGCGGGUGCCUCCUGUACUGCGGCCAUUAGAUCUGCUGGUUAAGAUUCACGCAGCUUCCAUCAACCCCAUCGACACAGCCAUCUUUGGCGGGUAUGGCCGAGAUGUGCUGAACAUGAUGAGGAUGAUUAGACAGCUGGAGCGUGGCACUGCUACCAUUACACCCACAGACUUCCCCCUCACUGUGGGGCGAGACUUUGCAGGGGAGGUGGUGAGUGUGGGCCAUAAGGUGCAAGGCGUUGGUGUUGGGGAUAAGGUGCUGGGGGUGGUGAGUCCCCAGGCCCAGGGAACACAUGCUGAGUAUGCCAUCACUUCAGUGUCCAAUGUGUGUUUGAUGCCAGACACAGUCACUCUCGAGGAGGCAGCAAGUGUACCUUAUGCAGGUCUCACUGCCUGGAGUGCUGUAGUGGUGUCAGGGCUGGUGACGCCUGCUACAGCCCCGAGGAAAAGGGUCGUGGUGCUAGGGGCCUCAGGAGGGGUGGGCACAUUGCUCUGUCAACUACUGACUGCUUGGGGGGCCCAGGUGGUGGGUGUUUGCAGCAAUGAUGCCUUAGGCUUGGUGACCAGCCUUGGGGCAGAUGCUCUGGACUACACAGACCCAGCCACCAAGGAUGUGCUAAGAACUGAUGGAAGAUUUGAUUUGGUCAUCAAUGCUGCUGGAGCUGAUGAUCUGGACUACCUGGAUGCCCUAAGACCCUGGAUGGGGUCCUCAUUUGUCACACUUUCUCCACCACUGCUACGAAACAUUGACAGUGAUGGGAUGAUACUGGGACUUUUGAAGAGUGUGAAGGAAGUAGUUUGCCGCAACACUUCAUCUCUGUCUGAGGGCCGAGCCUAUAAGUGGGCUUUCUACAUGCCCAAUCCAUGGGCUCUCAAUCAGAUUACUAAAAUGUUAUCAACAUAUAAGAUUCGCCCUAUCAUUGACAAAGUGUUCCCCUUUACUGAGGCCCCAGCAGCCUACCAACAUGUACUGAAGGGACACGCACGAGGCAAGACUGUGAUCACCAUGACAUGAGGAGGCAUGCAGUAUUUUUUUUUUUUUUUUUUUUUUUUUUUUUUUUUUUAUUAUUAUU